AUUCUUUGGCUCCCAAUGAGCUUUAUUGAGCGUAGUCGCUGUCUUCUCUGGAGACUGGGCUGGCUCCCCAACGAUUACUCAGCCCAUUGCCUAUUUCACCCCCCCUAUGCACUCUCACUGAAGCCAACGCCAUUGGAUGACUAUAAAUGCACUGCCGCGUGCAACUUCCGACAACUGUCUGUCACGUUCUGA